CCUCUGCAAGAUUGCAACAACAUGGCGGCUGAAAGGAGUGAGUUGGAAAUAGACGGCAGUUUAUUAGAAGGAGGUGGACAAAUCCUACGAAAUGCUGUGACAUUUGCGUGUCUUUUAAACCGCUCAAUACGUGUUUGUAAAAUCCGAGCUGGUAGGAGCAAUCCCGGAUUAAGACCCCAACAUACUACAGGUCUGCAUCUUGUUCGUGAUAUUUGCAAAGGGAAUUUAGAAGGAGCAUCAGUUGGUUCAAAUUCUAUAAAAUUUCAUCCUGGCAAUGUGCUUGCUGGGCAUUAUGUCGCUGACACUCAUACAGCAGGAAGUAUCAGUCUGCUUCUCCAAAUUGCUUUACCAUGCCUGAUUUUUGCACCAGCUGAGUGCAAUGUGGUACUUAAAGGUGGUACUAACUGUGAGAUGGCACCACAAAUUGAUUUUAUGACCCAGGUAUUCCAACCAUUAGCAGAAAAAUUUGGUCUCAAUUUUCAGAUCGACAUUCCAAUGAGAGGUUACUAUCCCAAAGGUGGUGGUGAGGUUCAAGUCAAAAUACAACCAGCAUCACAACUAAAAUCUGUCGUUAUGGUGGACCCAGGGUCAAUCAACCGAAUAUGGGGGCAAGCGUUCGUGGCUGGUGUUUUACCAAUCCAGGUGGCUCAUCGUAUGGCACAAGAGGCAACAAGGUUGUUAGGAAAAUAUUAUCCUGAUACACCUUUAAAUAUUGAGCCAAUCAAAGAAAGUGAACAUAAGGCUUUUGGUACUGGAACCGGAAUUUGGAUUGUGGCCGAGACUUCAACGGGAUGUAGGUUGGCUGGAUCAUCUGUUGGAAGGAAAGGUGUUUCUGCCGAACAAGUCGCGACCAAUGCAGUUGAAGAGUUAAAAGAUGGCUUGGAAAACAACAGUUGUGUUGACCAACACCUUCAGGAUCAGGUCAUCAUAUUGAUGGCAUUAGCACAAGGAAAAUCUUCAUUUAAAACCGGACCUGUUACUCUUCACACGCGAACCGCCAUCCAUAUUGCAGAGAAAUUGACUAAUGUGAAAUUCAACAUCAAGCCAUUUCCUGAAGAGAAGUCGUCUAAAGAGACGUUCAUUGUUGAGUGUGAUGGAAUUGGUUUCAAGAAUAAGUACUUAUAGCAAAGUCUUUUUCACGAUUAAUUUAUUGACAUUGACAUUGUUGUGUAUGUCGCAAUCAGCUUUGCCGCAGAAAGCGUCGUCUUGGUGGAUUUGAGAAUGCAGCAACGUCUUGCAGAUGUGUGUGAUUUCCGGUUAUUAUCUAAACUGAAAUUGUAAAAAUGAAACAAAGGCUAAUUUGUUUCAGUUCAAACAUUUGAUAACAAAUUAGUCAACUCUCUUUGUCCAAGAGGGAAAUAGAGAGAGUGACCAAUAACUGUAUUAUCAGACCUUAUCAAAGAACAUGAUCCUUCAGUCGUUUCUUAGAGUUAAAUAGACAAGUUAGAGGGACCUGUUUUAACUACACUCCUUUGCUAGAUAGUUUCAGACAAUCCCACAUCAACCUGCACUCUCAGUUAGUGAAUUACGACAGUCUUAAACGGCCCUGGUCUACCGCAAUUACUGGUGUUUGUAAUUUCACGCAAUAAUUAAUGAUAAUUUAAUAAUAAACUUAAUAAAUACCGCGAGA